CUGUGUGGCUGACCCCUAUGAGAUAAAAGUAAUGAAAAAUUUUUUCAUCGACCUCCAUGUGCCCUACUCUGUCGUGAGGAAUGAGCAUGUGGAAAUCCGGGCUAUUCUCUACAACUAUUGGGACCAAAACCUUAAGGUCCGUCUGGAGCUGCUGCACAAUCCAGUUUUCUGCAGCUCAUCCACUUCCGAGGCUAAAUACCAGCAGAUCCUUGACAUCAAAGCCAAGUCCUCCCUGGCUGUGCCAUUAGUGAUUGUCCCGUUGCAGCUGGGAUCUCACAACAUUGAGGUCAAGGCAGCAGUGUGGGACAGUUUUCUUUCUGAUGGCGUGAAGAUGAAACUGAAGGUUGUGCCGGAAGGGAUGAGGAUGACCAAAACCAUUCUCUCUGUCGUAUUGGAUCCAUCUGCGAAAGGAGCAG